AUGCCUUUCUCGAAAUCCGUCAAGCUGAACACUGGCGCAGAGAUGCCUACGGUCGGGCUGGGUACAUGGAAAUCCCAGCCCGGUGCCGUUGAACACGCCGUGGAGUUUGCUUUGAAGAACGGAUAUCAGCACAUCGAUACUGCCGCUGCCUACGCCAACGAAAAGGAAGUCGGUCAGGGUAUCAAGGCCUCUGGUGUCCCCCGCGAGAGCAUCUUUCUUACCACCAAGCUUGAUAACUUCGACCAGGCUACCGCAGAGAAAGCCCUUGAGGAUUCGCUGAAUAACUUGGGAACAACUUACCUCGACCUCUGGCUCAUGCACUGGCCUGCUCCCAUGAAGCGCGUAGAUGGGAAGCUGCUGCCUGAUAAGACACUUGACUGGCUCGAUACAUGGAAGUCGAUGGAGAAGAUCUACAAGGCCCAUCCUGAGAAAUUGAAAGCUAUUGGUGUCUCCAACUUCUCGAUCGAAUUCUUGGAACGCCUUCUUGAAGUAGCUACCGUAGUCCCAGCUGUCAACCAGAUUGAGCUCCAUCCUUCUUGCCCUCAACAAGAGCUCGUCGACUUCUGCACGAAGAAGGGGAUCGUUCUCACUGCUUACUCGCCAUUGGGAUCUGAUGGAUCUCCUCUCCUCAAGAAUGAGACAGUCCUUGAAAUCGCUUCAAAGUACAACGUCACUCCCGCCAAUGUGCUCGUUUCCCUUCAAGCAAACAGGCCUAACGUCACAGUCCUCCCGAAGUCUGUUACCAACGAACGCAUCCUUUCGAACAAGACUAUCGUUGAUUUGACUGAAGAAGAUAUCACUAAACUGCAGGCUAUUGACAAAACCCACCACUUCCGGGCUUGCCACCCAGACUGGACUGGAUGGGGAUCCCUCGGCUUCCCUGAUUGCAAUCAUGUUGAAGGAACGCGACGACUUGAAUAUGGCCCGAACUGCGUCAAGCAGAUAUAUGGAGCUCAUACACUCUACUAUUCAAGAAAGACCACAAACACACGCGUUAUACAAGCUUUGCAAUGCCAUCAAAGGACGCCAAGAAACGGCCAAUUUGCGACGCUUCCUUCAUGGGUUGGUUCUCUGUUUGGCGUAGACAUCGCAAUAGACAAUGUCUACCUUUACAGCCUAUCGGACUCAAACCUGAAGCAGCCUAGUGGGCUCGCUUCGAGUCCUCGGUCUGCUCUCCAGAAAGCGACUUCACGUCUCAAGGCUGGCAGGACAAGCGAAGUCGCGAUAAGAAGUCAACUAAAGGAGCAAUCAAACCUGUUGAAUCAAGCAAAUCGGGAAGUAAAGGCGUUGCGUGCCGAGUUGGACCAGAAGCGUCGGGUGGCUCUUCUCCUGGAAACUCUAGCGCGCAAAGAAGAUAUAAGAUUUCAGAGAUUCUCUGAAAUCCGUGUACUCAUUGAUGAACUGAGGAAAUCUGCAGCCAAUGUGUAUGCUCAGGAACUUCCGAGUGUUCCCAACGAACCCGAGGGCGUGACGGCCACGGGCGUUGACGGUUCAAGUUAUCUUCAGGACACACUCACCACGCUCCAUGCCCAUCGCAUCCAUACCCUACGAUUAUCGCGUCAACCACCAGCUCCUGACCCAGUCCCUUCUCUUCGGAUCACCGUAGCGAAACAACUAUCCUUGCCGGAGGAUGGUCCCAGCGUACAGAGAAUGGUAGAUCAACUCGUUGAUCGGGCCAGGCGCAAGGCUCAAGCACAAAGCUCAUACCACAGCAUACUCUCGCCACGUACUCCUGAACACGACGUUGAUAUUGACGAACUGUCUUCGGCUGUGAGGAACCAGCACAAAGAAUUACAAGAACUGUCAGAUCUCAGCAUCUUACUUAUCCACCUCUCGCAGAAUUAUAUUAGAUCGAUCCGCGCAUUCACUACUGAGACCCUCCCUGUCAUCUCAAACACUCUGGAUGAAUCCCGCCGGCUUGCAGAGGGGGAGACGUAUAUCGGUGUUCUUAAGAACACGGUUACCUUCUCCGAGCCGCCCCCCAAUGGACAACAUAACACGGCGGCGCUUGCUGAAGUUUGCCACCCAAACAGUACUACCUUAUACAACACUAUUGAUAGAGUGAAGAGGAGUGUCACUCAAUGUCAGCGACGCGCCGAUUUUAUUGCGAACACGCUCAAGGCGCCAGAGGACGACAUCGAACUGCCUGCGCUCGUCGCUAAGCACGAGGAGAGUACUUCAAAGGCCGACGAAUACGCAUCAACUUUGUUGGAGAGGAAAGCAAAGAAGGUAGAGCAGGCAGAAAGACUAGUGCGGGAUGUACAAAGGUACAUUAAAGAUGGAAGACUUCUUGCGGGAAUAGAGUGA